CAGCGGCCUGGGGAUGGCGCGGAACUUGUAUGGCCCCGGCGUCCGGAUGGGCAACUGGAACGAGGACAUCUACCUGGAGGAGGAGCUCAUGAAGGACUUCUUGGAGAAGAGGGAUAAGGGAGAGCUUCUCAUACAGAAGAACAGAAGAAUGAAGAAUCUCCUUCUGCGGCCGGUGCAGCUGUCGGUGACGGAGGACGGCUGCGUGCACUUCGGGGACCGCGUGAUGCUGGUGAGCCCGCACCACCCCGAGCCCCGGGCGCAGCGCUUCCUCCCGGGGGACCUGAGCCUGUGCCUGGCGCCGGAGGAGAUCCAGGCGCGCCUGACCGACCGGUUCCAGCUGCCCUGCGGCCUCAGCGCGGCGCCCACCCGGGCCCCGGUGCGCAGGAACGCCUUCGCCGUGCUGAGCGUGGACAGAGAGGCCGUCGGGGACGUGCUGAGGUUCGGGCAGAAUUUCCGCCUGGGCAUCACGCUGGGCUGCGAGGACCGGACGCUGUACCUGUCCAGCGACCACCGCACCCUCCUGCGGUCCUCCAGCCUGUCCUCGCUGCAGGAGGUGUACCUGACGGACGAGGACUCCUACCUCAACUGCUGGCAGGCCGCCUUCCCUGACCCCCAGCUGCGCCUGGAGUGGGAGGGCCAGCCGGUCCCGGCGAACACCAGGAUCCUCAUCAACCACAGCCACACGAACCGGGGGCUGGCCGUCCACCGCCACCUCUUCUUAAGGAGCUACUUCGGGAAGGAGGCGGAGGUGGCCGCCCACACCCACCUGGACACCCACCGCGUGGAGAUGCCCAGGAACCACUGGAUGCUGGUGACGGGCAGCCCCCGGGGGGCGGCCUCCACCAUGCUGGACGUGCCCAGGCCGCCCGCGGAGCGCGGGCCCGCCCCGGAGCCGGGGCCGCAGUGACAGCCCC